UGAAGCCCAUGCUGGAGCACAAGCGCCACGUGAAGGCCGAGGAAGAGGAGAAGGGGCCACCGGGAACAGGCCACCUGAGGACCAGGAAAACCAAAGUGGCAGCUCGCAGCCAUUCAGAGCUCAGCCAGGCCUCAAGGCCGCACGGCAAAUCACCCACUAGAAGCCACAGGAAGGGGCUCUCGAGGCACAGGAGCCACAGUCGAAAGUUCAGGGAGCAAGAGGGCAAACCAAUGUAUCUGAAGAUUGAUGUGGCAAAGAGAAAGGAAGGGAAGGCCGAGUCCUUACCACCGGCUCUUAGCCAAUCCAGGAAGAAAAAGACACUGCUGCGAGAGGUGACUGGCUCCAGGGAAGAGAGGAAGAGCAGGAAGCUAGGAGGUGGGGACUCCAAAGUGGUCAAGCUCAGGAAACAAGAGAUGAAGAAGACCAUCAAAGCUGUCACCUGGCAACUGCACCAGAAGGCCUUAGACUGGAGCCAGAACACCAGCAACCUGGACGUCUUCCAGAAGGACUUAGGAUCUAGCCGAGGCGAUGUUCCCUUCUUCCAUCAGUCCAUCGUCCUUCCGUCUCUGAGGCCCGGGGAAGGCAUGGCCUUCCUCCCAGCCACAUGCCACUUGUCUGAGGCUACCAUCUCCUGUUCCAAUGUCAACCUGAAGGCAAUUCCACUUCUCAGUGAUCGGAACCUGAAAACCCUCUACCUGGCAGAGAAUGAAAUUUCCAAAAUCCCGGGUGAGACCUUCAAUGGCGUGCCCAACCUGGAGUGGCUGGAUCUGAGCAAGAACAAACUAGAAACCCAGGGCCUGCAUCCUGAUACCUUUAAGAACCUGACUCGGUUGAAGAGACUAAACUUGGACGGAAAUUCUCUUUCGGCUAUUCCUGAAUUACCAAGCUCUCUCCAAGAACUCAAGAUCAAUGACAAUGUCCUCCAGGGCCUCCAAAGGACCAGUUUCCGAGGACUCACAAAACUGUUGACUCUGGAAGCCGAGGGAAACCAGCUGCAUGAUGGGAAUGUGUAUCCUUUGGCUUUCUAUCCUCUGAAGAGCCUGAUGUACCUGAGACUGAAUGAAAACCACUUCCGGGGCCUCCCCCAGGGCCUGCCUGCUUCCCUGCAGGAACUCUACCUUGCCACUAACCACAUUGAAGAAGUGACUGACCGUGUACUGAACAAGUGCCAGAGUUUGAGCCUGCUGGUUCUAAGCAACAACCGGAUCAAGGAGGACUGCAUUGCUCCCCAAGCAUGGAUCGACCUUCCGAAGCUUGAGUCAUUGGACCUGUCCCACAACCGCCUGAUGCACGUGCCCUCCUUUUUGCCUCGUGUGCUGAGACGGCUCAUACUCCAUCACAACCAGAUCGAGUACAUCCCGGGCUAUGUUUUUGCACACAUGAAGCCGGGCCUCGAGUUCCUGCACCUUUCUCACAACAACAUCCAUGAUGAUGGCAUCCAUAGUGUGUCAUUUCUUGGUCUGCGUUGGUCCCUGGUAGAGAUGCUCCUGGACAACAACAAACUUCAGGCCAUUCCCCGAGGCCUCCUGGGUCUCAAGAGGUUACAGGUGCUUCGUCUGAGCCACAACAAGAUCAGAAACAUGCCCCUGAAUUCUGUGUGCGACACCCGCGUGGCCCAGGACUCCAACCUCACCUCCAUGCACCUGGAGAACAACCUCAUUGAUCCGCGCCAGAUCCCACCCACAGCCUUCUCCUGUAUCAAGGCCUACCAGAGUGUGGUUCUCAAGCCGCAGCAGGAUGAGGAAAAGGAAAGAAAAGAUUGACUGAGCGGAUGAAGAUCCCAAACAAGCCAAGUCAUCCCGGUGCCCUCCCGGUCAUCCUCAGUCCUAGCCUGAUCCGAGUUACUGUAUAUAUUUGAAAAAAAAAAUAAAAAUACAUAA